AUGCUUGCGGGAGGUGAAACAACACAUCAAGAUGCAAAGGGUAGUGCUUGGGUUAAUGUGCAUUCUGAACUUCGUGGAGAAAUCAUAUCCUGUCCAGUGCGUGGCCCUUUGUAUCAGUUGUUCCAUGCAGUUGUAAGGGGCCUGCAGAGACCAUGCUUAACUACACAGGUUGGCUGCGAUGGCGCAGAAGAGUCAUGGGAACUCAUUGGGCGGCCGCAGAUGGUCGAUGUAAUCUUUUUCCCCCAGGCGCAACUGUUUGUCGCAAAUACUUUUCUCUGCUGGCCCGUGAAGGUGAUGAUGCAAAGGUGCGGACAUUUGAUGAUGCAAAGGGUCGAACGCCUGAGGUGUGGAAGGGAAACUGCUCAGCCGCCUGCAUAUACAUGCAUGGCGAAUCGGAAGACGUUGCGUGCAGGCAUUGUUUAG